AGUCAAAUGAGUAAAGGGGGGGGGGAGUUGUCGAAAGCCGCUUUCCCUUUCUUGCUUAGACGUGCAACCAGCUCAGGACAAAACUUGCACAGAUCCUGGCCAAAGCAUGGAACCUGUGCUAGAGCUUCCAAAACCACCGGAAGAGAAAGCGGAUUCACCAGAGGAGCAUGGAAGCCAGGAUCCCAGCCUUCCCGAAGGAGGCAAUGGGACAGCAGCCAAAGCGCAGCCUUCACACCGUAGCAAAGAGCCUCCAUGCCAGCAGCUCCCCUUCCGACCGGAGACCCUGGACCAGCAGGUCUUGGAGUACAUGGAGGCGGCUCUUUUCUUGAGUCCAGAAGAACAGCAGAGACGAUGGCUUUCCAUUCUGACCACUUUUCUGAAGGCCUGGGAGCGGUCAGACGGCGGUAUCUGUUUUCCAAAUAUCCCGCUUUUAGCGAGUGAAACUUCCAGUUUUCUGGUGAAAGAAAUCAAGAAGAAAAUGAAUGGAAAUCCAACAGAAGCCGCUGGACCACUUGUGUGGCAAUUUCUGCAGUGGAAGGGGGAGCUGGAUUCUGACGGUUACCUGCUGCUUAAAUCAAUCUACCUGCUUUCGCUGUACAGCUCGGAACAGGAACUCCGGUGGAAUAUGAUCAAGUCUGGGUUGCCUGUGACGUUGCUGCAGUGCCUGCACCUCUUCUUUGUGUCUCCCCCGGAGGCGGCUCCUGGUGACAGGGAGGAGCAUCAGGGCUCAUGGAAGACCCAGGACAUGUUGGUGCAGACGAUGAUCAACAUUUAUGCAGAAAAACAAGGAGUGGAGAUGCUUCUUAUGUCUGGUCAUCUUAAAUCUUUAAUCAUAGCAAGAUCCUCUCUCUGGGACCGAAGCAGCCCUGGGUGGAAACAGUCCGUAAGCCAAGUGCUCCAAACGAUUUCAGAGGCCCUUUCUACAACCACAAUUUCAUACCUGCAAGAUUGCAUCAAAACUUCUAUUCACAAUUUGUCAGAACUUGAUGAUUCCCUGCCUACUUGGGAAGUAUGUGAAUCCAUCAAUAUUAUCCUGCAUUUUGUGAGGAAUUCCUACCCAAUUUCCCCAACCUUGCUUCUGGAGUAUGAGAACAAUGGAGGGCACCAGCUGCUGUUGAAUUUUUUUUUAAGAUAUGAAGGGCCACUGGACAAAAAAGAGAAUGCCAGCAUCAAGGAGACGUUGGAGUUAGUGACACAACUGACCCUUUGUGGGGAAACUGAACUGAGUGUUUCACGCAAUAUUGUAUAUCCACAACUGCCACAGUUUGAUGAGAAACAGCCUGUUUCUUCUGGAAAAAGAAUAAGGAACCUGAAAGCUUUUCAGGUACUAGAACUGCUUUUUCAGAAAUCCAACAACCCAAAUCUCUGCCAGUACGUUUUGCACGUACUGAAAUCCAUCUGGAUGUGGGACCCCAUGAAUUUCUUCCUGCUUGAGUGGUCUCUGCAGCCCAUCUGCCAGUUUGUGGGGGUCAUCCCUCUCAAGCCCUUCCUGGUCCAGGUUCAGUUCUUCCAGCUGGUGGAGUCGGUGGUGGUGGACCUGUCUUAUAUCCCUCAUGAGAUCUUGAAGAAGGUUCAGUGUUUGGUCAACGAGAAGGCUGAUCCCAUAUGCGCCUCGCUUGCCUUGGGCUGCCUCCACAGUGUCACACAGAGAGACCCCCUCUUGACGGACAUCUUCCGAGAUUCAGGACUUUUAGGAAUGCUGCUUGUUCAAUUGCGUAAAGAAGCCAAAAGACUGAUAAAGAAAGGAAGCAUCCAAGCAGGUCCUCAGGUGUCGGAAGUGGAGGAACUCCUCAAAAUGAUGCUGAAGAUGACGGCCGCUCUGGUGGUGGGAUCUGUGAGGAACACAGUCAUUCUCAGGGACUAUGGCAUGGUGCCUUACAUCAAGAUUUACAUGGACAAUGAGCAGUACCGAAGUGAUGCCGUGAAGAUCCUGGAGCAACUGUCCAUCGUCAACCCUGAGGAGUACAUGAGCUCCAUUGUUGGGGCUCUCUGCUCCGCUACUCAGGGCGAACUGCACUUCAAGUUGGAUCUGCUUAAAUCUCUCCUGAAGACCCUGGUGAACCCCAAGGGCCGCUCCGCCUUCAGAAUCAGCAGCGGUUUCAAUGGGCUGCUUUCCCUUCUGGCUGACAUGGAAGGUGCCUUGCAGGACCCGCCUUCGGGUGUCUGGGCCUCCUUUGCUCAUAGCCACCUGCUGGAGCUGGUACUGCGCCUUCUCCAGACCACGGCAGCCGCUCUUUACUCGGACCCUGCCAAUGCAGACUUCUUCCAGAAGAACGCUCUCUUUGAGAGGAUGGCGGAGGACCUCGGCCUGCUUGGCUGCUUUUCAGCACAAAGGUGGGGACAAACCCCUAUGCAGAUCAACAAACCACGAUCCUUCGUUGAGCUUUCAAAUGCAGCUGUUUGCUCACCUGAGCUUUUCCCAGCACGGCUAAAAAGCUGCAUCAGGAUAUUCAGCUUCCUUGAUUCCAUGGCCAAGAGGAACCCCUUCGACUUCAAGAGCUGCUUGGUGGAAACAGAUCCUCCCACACUGGGCAUUCAGGAUGGGACAGAAAACCAGCAAGAAGGGUCUCUAGGGAAUCUUUGGGCCAUCCAGCCGCCAGAAUCCCAGAGCAGGCCACGAGGUGAGGACUCGAUGAUCGUGUGUCCUGGAGCCCUGUGUGUCAUGGUGACACUGAUUGGCAAACUCUACAAUGAAGCUUAUCCAGAGUUAUCCCUGGAGAUCCAAUUCGCUGCAGCUAACCACAUUCAAUCCUCGAUGGGCUUGGAGAAAAACCGCCAAGCGGCUUGUGCAGCUGGCCUGCUGGGCAGCCUCGUCGGCUCCUGCCCAGAAGUUCUGCAUGACGCGAGCAGCCCCCUCCACCCGCCUCUGAUCCGGCUCUUCGAGAAGCUCGCCUCCCAGUCCAUUCAGCCCGGGGUCUUGAGACAGUUUCUGUGCCCACGGAUGAUGUCCCUUCCCCUCGCUGCCCCACCCCGUGUGAACCUCCCCCUGGCACCCCUAGGUGACAGAGAGGAAUUGGACCGAGUCCAGAGGAGGGCAGCCCAGAAGAUUGUGGAUCUGCAAACCAAACCCUACGAGAAGCAGCUAAAAGGUUCUGGAACAGCUGCAUGGAACGACAGCACAAAGCCUCCUCACACCCUGUUGGGCUCUGACACCCCCACGGGCUCUGCAAUGGCUCUCCAAACGGCCAUGAGCCUUAUUUCCUUGGCAACACCACGCAGCCUGCACCUGCAGAGCGCCUGCCUGGCGCCUUCCUUCGUGGAGUUUGACAUGUCCCUUGAAGGAUAUGGCUGUUUGUUUAUCCCAAGUGUGGCCACCAGUCUGGGCCAAAGCACCGAACGCUCUGUUUUGGGAGGAGCCGGAAAAGGCAUCAGGCAGUUCCCUCCACCUGAGGGCCUGACUUUUUCUUCCUGGUUUCUGAUCAAUAAGAUGAGUUCUGCUCGUGAUUACCACCCGCUACGUUUCCUUACUUUGGUGCGUCACAUGGCAAGAACCGAAGAAGUCUUUGUUUGCUUUGCCGUGAGGUUUUCUCCCACGGAAGGUUGUCUAACCAUCUCAACGGAGGAAGUGGCAUUCGAAGCUUUAGACACAAUGGUGCCUGACUUUGAAGAUGAGACCUCUCUCAUGUGCCAGGCUCAAUUCAGAUGUGCCCCACUGCUUGUGACCGGGCAGUGGCAUCACCUUGCUGUGACGGUGGCAAAAGAAACGAAGCAGAUCUGCACCGUUUCGGCCUAUCUGAAUGGCAGCCUGGUGGGCUCUGCGAAGAUGCAGUACAUCCGGUCACUGCCAGGGAGCUUCACUUCUAUGGACCCUGCUUCUUUUAUCGAUGUCUUUGGCUUUGUGGCUACACCGCUGAUGUGGAAAAAGAGGUCUUGCUUGUCUUGGCGCCAAGGCCCCAUAUUCUUAUUUGAAGAAGUUCUGUCCAUGAAGAUUCUGCAGCUUAUGGAAAAACUUGGUCCGAGAUACUACAGCAAUUUCCAGGCUGUGGAGCUUAGAGGAGAAGGCUCCCAUGGCCAUGUGCAGAUGGCUCCUUUGUUGCCACCAGAGAAGAUUUCCUUUGGAAUCAACGCCAGAUGCUCAUUGUAUGCAACAGUUAAAGGCAUAAAGGACAGCUAUGGUGAAGUGGAUGGGCGUCUGGUCGCUAAAGAGCUGAAGCUGUCCUCCCGUGAUAAUACAACACCUGUUUUCAUGGCUCAAAAUACUGCUGCAAAGCUCCCUGGGUGCUUAAGAACAAUUGGUGCCGUUGUGGUGGGCCAGCAUGGAACGCGGGUCUUCCAGUCCUGUCCGGCAGUGGUCAGUCUGAACUACCUUGGUGGCCCUUCUCUUCUGCUGGCUCUGCUGGCCAGGGCUCAGGAUGACCACGCUGUUUAUGCGGCUGUCAAAGUCUUGCAGACCGUCCUGAGCUGCAGCGCAGUGAGCGAAAGCCUCAUGCGGGGAGGCGAUGGGUAUCAGAUUCUGGCAUAUCUGUUGAAAAAAAAGGCCCACCUAUUAAACAGCAGAAUUCUGCACCUCGUUCUUUCCAUUGGAGGCACCUCGGAAGCCAGCUUAGAACAGCCGACGAUCAAGAACAUGGAGAUCUUCCAACAUAUUGUGUGCAAUUUUCAGCUGUGGUGCCCUGCCUCGGAAAAUCUGGACCUCCCUCUGUUUAAACAUCUCACGGAAGUCCUCCAGUCCUCCAGAGAAAAGAAUUCCACCGUGACCCUCAUCCAGCAGGCGCAGAUGGUGCCCAAGCUUCUCCUUCUCCUCGGGGACUCUGGGAUCCCAACCUCUCGCGUCCGUCGGAUCUCUGCCCUCCUCUGCCAUUCCCUUCAGGGCCACUUCAGCAUCAAGGAUUUGCACUGGAUUGGCUUAUUCUUGGUUUACACUUUAUGUCCUGCAUCUAUUGAUGAAAAUGAGACCUUCUCCAAUAGUAUUCCAGAGUCAUUUGGACAAGAUUUAACUCAGACAUCUGGAAAAAUGGUCUGGCUUCGAAAUCAGUUGUUGAGCAUGCUGCUGGAUGUAAUUCAGCCAGAUGAACUUCAUUUGUCCUCCGAGAUCCAAGAAAAAAUGUUCCAGGCCUUGGGCCCUGACUGGUUCCUGAUGUUUAUGCAAAGUCAUGUAAAUGAUACCACAGUUGUACUGGCAGCCAAAUUGCUUUUCCAUUUCUUGCACAACCGUGCACACCUGCAUGAGUUCAGAGACGGGAUGAUGGGGGGCCUGUGGCUGAGAAGCAGCUUAAAGGGGCUGAAUAUUUUGACUGACAAUUUGAAGAGUUCUCCCCAGUUAUUUGAGUAUCAUCCAUAUCCGCUCUCUGGAUUAAUGGAGCUGAAGAUGUUCCUGAGCUACUCACUCCACAUUCCGGAGAUUUACCUCCUUCUCUCAGGACUUCUUCUGGACACACCACUGUCCAAGCCACCAGAUGAAACCCAAGCAGGUUUGGGUGCAACACUAGAGUGGCUGCUGUGCAACCCUCACACAGGGACAGUGGUCAAAGCCGGCUUGUGCACAGAAGCCGCUGUUCUGCUGCUGGAGAUGGUCUCGUCCCUCACAAGGCAGAUUCCAGCAGAGGGAGAGGAUUCUUGGCAAACCAGCUUCUUAAAGGACGUCCUGCACUUCAUCCACCUGGUGUACCACAGAUCCCCUCAGGAUCCCCUCUGGUCUAAUCCUCACUUCCUCCAAGCCGCAGCCUUGGCUGCCUUCCCCUCUGGGCCAUCCCAGCCUCCAGCUAGGAAAGAAGUUUGGGACUUGGUUCAGCGUCUCCUGAGGGGAAUAAUGCUGCUGGACUGGAGGGACAAAAGGUGGCACCCGCUGGAGUUCAUUCUUGAGGCCUCUCCAGAGAACGCUGCUAUUGAGCAAAAGACGUCCUUCCAGACAGAGCUAUUGCUUUCCAUUAUGCAGAUUGUCUACAACCUUGGUCAAAAUUACAAGGAAGCCUCCGGUUCAACAGGAAGUGGUGAUACCAGGAACAUUUUGGAAUCUGCCAGGCCUUAUUUUCUCACAAAUGUUUGCUAUUUUACUCAGAAGCUGGUAGGCAAACUUCAUGAGGGAAUGUGUGUCACAGACCCGAGGAAGACCAUCCUUUUCAUUGCAGAGCACGUGCAAUUGGUAACAAGAAAGCUCUUUCCCCACAAAGAAUCAAUUUUGAGCAACUUGUACAACUGUUUGAACCACAGCAUCUUGUACUAUUUAUCGGACCCCUUUUCUGGGUCACAAAAUCUUCUGGAAGUUCUGCACACUCUUCAGACACAAUGGGACAUCAUCUUUGCAGCACACAAUUCUAGCCUGGAUUUCAUCGCAAGCUUUUUGUAUUGCCUGCUGCAGCUGAGAUCCAUGAGCCAGAGCUAUCCUGAAAGUGGUGAGGCGAAACGGAUGCCAGCUUUGGGUUGCCCUGUUUCUCUGGCCCCGAGAAAAGAGGAAGAGAGAACUGAUGGUGACCUUCCUGCCCUGGAGGAGGUUCAGCAAGAGAUCCAGAGGGCAGCUGAGGAAAUCUGGCUCCGGCUUCUUUCUGGGAGAAGAAAAGAUUUAGAGGACGCAUAUAAAAUCUCUUUAUUUAAAGAGAAAGGCGAUGGAGAAGAGACAAUGAAGAUGGCUGACGUAGCUCCUCUGUGGGAAGAAGCCAUGAGGAAGACCUGUCGGGGCUUUCUAGUGUCGGACAAGAAAAACUCCCAGAGCAAAAUUCUAGUCAGUGCUUCAAGCAAGAUGAGCCCUUUGAACGAGACCUCGACUCCCAGCAGGAACCUAAAACAGGAUUUUACAUCAUAUUUAGAAAAAUGCAGGAGAACUGGCCAAGAACUCUAUGCAGCUUUGUGCAAGGAUCACGUUGAGAGAUUGCUGUGCAUGCACUCUAAGUCUGCCAAAGCCUGGACUGAGCUUGAAGAUCGACUUUUUAGGAAGGGGGGCCCGUGGGGCUCUGCAGUAGCUUCUCCAGUUGCAAGGUGGGUCCUGGAUGCCUACGAAGGUCCUGCUCGGAUGAGGAAGAGGAUCCAGUUCAAAGUCGCCCACGAUCCAGCGGAACCACUGCAAGACAAGGCUCCCCAGACACGGAAGGCGGCCUCCCCUCCAGCUCUUGUGGCAGAUCAAGGUGAACGACCAGCCCUGAGCAGAGAAGCAGAAGCAGGUCGGGAUCAGCUGACAUUUUUUCCUGCCCUGCAUGAACAUCUCCAUUCGGAGGAGUUCAUGGAAGUCUGUGUGGAAAGGAAAAUCAUCCUCCAGGAAUUAGUACAAGAUGAAAAGAUUACCUGCCGGCUGUCUGUGGUGAUAGUUGACGGACACGUAGCGUUGGAAGGGGCGGUUCUCUUUGGCCGGGACCAUUUCUACCUCUGCAAGCAUUUUACUCUGUCCCACCUGGGGGAUGUUUAUUGCACGCGCCACUGCUUGUCCUGCAUCAGUGAGCCAUUCCUUUACAACUUGUGCCGCUCAACGGAGGCCAUGGCUGUGGAGCCCACGUGUUCCUGCCAUUCCUACGGUGACAUUCGGGAGAUCCGGCCAAUGCGUUUCCUUCUGCAGGAGGUCGCCCUGGAGAUCUUCUUAAACAACGGCUAUUCCAUGUUCCUUGUAUUCCACAACAGCGACAGGAAGAAGGUCUUGACAAGAUUUUGUUCAAUGAAAUCAAAAGGCACCACAGAUGAGUCUACUCAUAAAAGAAAACAAUCUGGGGGAAAAAAGUCCAUGCUGUUGAAGUGGCAGAGGAGAGAGAUCAGCAACUUUGAGUACCUCAUGCACCUGAACUCCCUGGCGGGACGGACCCACAGUGACCUCAUGCAGUACCCCGUGUUUCCCUGGGUCCUUGCAGACUACCAUUCCCAGGCUCUGGACCUGGCCAAUCCCAACACCUUCCGUGACCUCUCCAAGCCCAUGGGGGCACAGACAGAAGAGAGGAAAGAGAAAUUCAUCCAGCGCUUCAAAGAAGUGGAGAAGACUGAAGGUAACCUCUCGGCUCAGAGCCACUACUGCACCCACUACUCCUCCGCCAUGAUUGUGGCUUCCUACCUGGUCCGCCUGGAGCCCUUCACAGAAACCUUCCGAUCUUUGCAGGGAGGGGACCUGGAUGUUGCAGAUCGCAUGUUCCACAGCGUGAGGAACACCUGGGAGUCAGCCUCAAGAGACAACAUGACGGAUGUCCGGGAACUGAUACCUGAAUUCUUUUACCUCCCUGAAUUUUUAACAAACCACAACCACAUUGACUUUGGAUGCUUGCAGGACGGGACCCGGCUGAACGACGUGGACCUGCCACCUUGGGCGGGAGGAAACCCUCACUGGUUUAUUAGGCUGCACAGGCAGGUCUGUACGGAGAGGCGGUUUGGUGGAAUCAGGACCACAAAGUCAGAGAUAAUAUUCACAACAUACGUUUUAGUCUAAAAUAAAGGUAAAGAGAAAUUUCUGAAAAGAAAUAGGAUUCCCUUUUUGCAGCCGUUACUCAUAGCCUUUGUAUUUUGAAGUGGACAUUAUACAUGAGGCCACUGUGAUGAACCAGACAUGUAGGCUUCUUACAGCCCCCCCAGCCCCCUCCCUUGUGAGAAGGGAUAGGAUGCCUUCCUGCCGUCCAGGUAACUGAGUGGCUUCCGUUGGG